AUGCAAACAUCUCGAGCUGCUUAUGGUGUUGCUGCUGCUGCUGCUGUUGCUGUUGUUGUUUUUGAUGGUGAUGAUGAUGAUGAUGAUGAUGAUGAUGAUGAUGAUGAUGAUGUUCACGAUGAUAUAGACAGCACACAUGAUGUAAUCCAAGGUUUUGCUGAAGUGGAACUAGCGCCCUCUGCGGAAUGGGUGCGUUUCGGCGAUGUGGUUCAGUUGCUGGCCACCGAUUUUCCAGUGGCGCUGUCGACGCUGAUCACUGAAAGGCAGGUGGACCGCGCGCAACAGUUGGUCACAGGAAGCCCGCUCGUCUGUUCGAAGCUGACGACUCCACCAUGCUUUCGAAAUACCUUCCGCAUUCGCAGUGAACAUGGAGAUGACACCAGAAAUGGUGAACCUGUCAAAUUCAACCAAGACUUUGUUUUGUGUCCAGUUGAGAGCUACGGAAAUCUGCCUCUUUUUGUGGAGUCACGUAUCCCCCAGAUAAAUAUCGGAGUUGGGGCAUCUGGCUUUGCUGCUAUCAUGCUGUCCUGUUACAACAACACUUGUUGUCGAUGGCGAGCCCUGUAUUGGGAUUCCAGUAAACGCCCAGAGAGUGAAGGAUCACCAGUUCCACCUCACAGUAAAAUACUCAUCAAUCACUCAGCAUCCAAUAGAAAUCUGGCAGUUGAACCCGGUAUCUGGUUUCCAACAUUUUUUGGAAUGGAGUGUGAAGUAUCAGUUCAUACAUGCAAAGAUGCUCAAAGAAGAGAGACUGCAGAAAAUCAUUGGAUGUUUGGAAUUCAGAAGCCAGAUGACAUGAAAGUGGCAUGUUCAGAAGCUCCAUCAACAACUGUUGAUCAGCCAAAGGGUGAAAGUCAGCAGCCAGAUCCUGAAGAAUGACAGAGUCUAAUAUUUUCAUUACUUCUGUGAAACAUUUGGUUGUUUUGUAUUCUUCAUAUUUGUAUUCUGUAGAGAGAAAUUUUUAAAUAUUGUUUAUAAAAGGGCUAAGUUGUACAGGCAGUAGUUGUGUUGCUUACAUAUGUGCCUUAAAUGAUUUUGCAGCACAGUUUAAAUACUUUAGGUCAAAAGAGACCGCUCAUGGUAAAGCAGAGCUGUUGAGUUGGUAGGCGUACACAAAGAAAGAAAGGUUGCUAGUUUUCAGUGUUAUCCUUUGAUGAACUAGAGUGAAAUACACAAACACACUCACACAAACGCACACACAUGCCUAUGCUCCUACAUGGUACUUGCUAGACUAACAGUGCCAAUGCUGUUCUGCAGCAAGUGGUAGAGGCAGUGUCAUGUGCGGUGGGUAGAGGGAGAGGCAGGCAGGAGGCCAGGGGAGAGACUGUGCUUGAGUGGGUAGCAGCACAGAAGGAGGCUCCUGUUUGCCUGAUGGGAAUGCAGGAGGGAGAGGUGGCAAGUGUAUGGGCUUGCACAAUUGUAGUGGCCAGUUGGAAGUGGCACAUGGUGCGGGCGACCUGGGGAUGUGAAUUUGGAGGGAAUGACCAGAUGGAGGAAGGGGAAACUGUUGGGUGGAGGGUUUUGGGACAGUGGGUUACCUGAGAUUGAGACCACAAUGAUUAUAGGGUGGAGGUUGUGUUGUAAGGAUAACUCCCACCUGCUUAGCCCAGAAAAGCUGGUGGCAGGGGGAAGGAUCCAGAAGGCUUGGUUUGUGAAGGAGCCUUUGAAGUUGAGCAUGUUGUGCUCAGCUGCAUAAUGUGCCACUGGUUGGUCAACUUUGUUCUUGACAACAGUCUGGCAGUGGCCUUUCAUCCCCAUGGACAUCUGGGUGAUAGUCACACCAGUGUAAAAUGCUGUGCAGUGUUUGCAGCAGAGUUGGUAAAUAACAUGGCUGCUUUCACAGGGUACCCAACCUCUGAUAGGGUUGCCUUGAUCUUCCAUGGGGUAUGAUUCCUACGUCAAGUCAAGAGGCUGGGAGUGGGAUUGCCAUAGGAAUGCACUAGAAUGUUGUGUAGGUUGAGUGGGUAACGGACCACCACUUUAGGAGGUUGGGAUGGGUCUGGAGUAGGAUGUUCCUCAUAUCGGGGAAUGGCAAAAGGUAAUGAAAGCCCUGACCCCUUGGCUGUUCCAGUCCAAGGGGGUAAUGGGUGAUAAGGGGGGCACUCCUUUGUAGCUGAUUCUUGGGGUUAGUGGGAGGAUAUGGCACAGGAAAUCUGUUUGUGGAGUAGGU